UCAUGUAAUAGCAAACUAUUGAUGAAAGUAUUCUCUAAUAAGUAUUUAAAUAAUUUUAUUAUAGUUGAGACGCAUUUUAAGUUUUGAAUUCUUAAGUAGAAACAAUUUUCUAUUAAGCAAAUUCGAUCCUAACACAGGUUGUAUAAUGCUUUAGUGUUUGGCCAAAGAAAAAAGCUUUAGACAAUUAAUAGAUUAUCCUUAUGGAAUAGAUGCACUUGUCAAUGUAUAUAUUAGUAAUAUAUGCUUUUUAGAUAUUAAUCAAAUAUAACUAUAGCAACUGGAUUUUUGAUUAAACUUUCAAUGUAAUUAGACCUAUCUUUGAUAAAGAGAGAAAAUAAGUCUAAAUUUUGAUCAAGAAGAAUUAAGUAGAUGAAUUUAAGAAAUUUUUACAAGAAAUAGAUCUUGUUAAGGAAUGUGAAGUAUAGGAAGCAGAGUACAUAGCAAAUAAAGAUAUGAUAAAACUGUUUAUCAUUUUUGAUAAUGAGGAUGAAGCAUAAACAAGCUUUAGUAAAAUCCAAUAAUGCAAAGUUACAGUAACUUAUUAAUAUAAAUUUAAGUAUUCAAUUCAAAAUGCAAAAAUGGAGGAAGUUGAUUACUUCACUAAAUUUCUUAACAUUGUUUAAUCAAAACAAUAAUAAUUUUAAGAAUAUAGAAUGAAUAAUAUAAGAAACUAUGAAGAUAGAUAAAUUGAAGAUUAAUAAUUUUCCAACUAAUAACAAUAAAAUUAAUAUUAACAAUAGAAAUUCUAUUAAAAUCAUCAACAAGAAAAAUAACAAUAUGAUUACACUUCUUCAGACAUUGUUAAUUAAAGAUUGAAUCAAAUUAGAUCAAAUGAAAAAAUUGAAUUUAAUUAUGCUCCUUUGUAAGAACAAUAGUCAAUGUUUUCCUUUGUACCCAUUAUUAAUCUAAACCAAUAAUAACCAUAAUUUACUGAGAAGAGAAAUUCCAUUGAAAUAAUUACAACAGAAGUAAUUCCUGAAAACAAUCAAGUACCAUAUGCUGAAUAAACAGAGACUCAAAUUAAUUAAAUGUAAAUAACUAGAGAAACAGAGUCAAAUAAAGAGAAUUCAGUAGAAAGAAAUAAUUAAAAAACAAAUUCAACAGAAUUGUAUACAUAGAAAUAAUACAAUAUACAUGGAUACUAAUAAAAUGGAUAUGUAAUAUAUAUUUUAUAACUUAGUAAUAGAAGAAAAGAAAUAACUAUAAUUAUAAUCAAAAUAAAUAUCAUAAUAAUAGAAAACAAUAAUAUUAUAGUAUUAAAUUUAGUAAAUUAGAUCAUUUAGAGAAUGACUUAAAAGAGUUUACUGGAUAUAAGAAAUACCAAUAACGAUAAUAGAAGGAAUAUUACGAAUUAAAAAAGGAAUAUUGA